CUUCGAAUUUUCCUUGUCAUCUCCGAAUUAGAACGAAGGAUACGUUUGCCCAGCCCCAUGAAGAUAUACGUAGACCAACUCGUAAAUUUGAACGGCUCAAAAUUGGGGAGCAAGCACUUAAUGAAGGAGUUGGGAACUACACAAAACGUCAAGCUGCUCUACAUGCGCAAACCAAUAAACGUCUACCCCCUAUUCUUCCAAAACAAAACAUUGUUCGACAGUGUAAAAUGAAUUCAUCCAUUACAAACUAGGUGUAAAGCCAGAAGAUGGACGCGAUGUCGUGAAUACGAUUGAAAAAAUGCGAUAUGAUCCAUCAUAUCCUGAAUUUAUUCAAGACGUUAAGAGAGAUAAGUUUUAUGUCAUAUAUAGCACACGGAAUCAAUUAGUAUCGUAUAAACGUUAUUGUAGAUUGAAUAAAAUAUCUCGAGUAGCUAUUGAUGGUACUGGUAGUAUCAUACAACCAAUAACUUACCUUAAUGGAGAAAAAUCUGGUCACAUAUUUUUAUACGCCAUCGUUAUUAAUUUUAAUAAAAAAAGUCACUCUGUUCAUCAAUUAUUGACAGAAUGUCAAAGUACACAAACAUUAAUCUGGUGGCUAAAAUCUUGGCUUUAUAUGGGAGCACAUAAGCCAACAGAAGCCAGCUGUGAUAGCUCUAGAGCGUUGAUUAACGCGCUCUCAUUCGCAUUUAAUGAUCAAUCAAUAAAAACAUAUAUUGAUACUUUGUAUCUACGAGCUAUUGGUGACACUUCUCACGUUUCUAGACCAUCAAUUUCUACCUUUAUUCGUCUUGAUGUUGCACAUUUUGUACACAUGAUAAGUGAAUGGAAAUGUUUAAAAAAUCAAAAAAAUUCACUAGUUAAAAAAUUUUAUCUAUACGGUGUAGCUCUCAUGAUAGAUUGUCAAACCGUUGAAGAAUUUGAGAAAAUAUUUAGACUAAUCUGUAUUGUUACCGUGAAUGAACGUGAUGAUUCAAUUAUAAAAAUUACUGGACAAACAGUGGCCCAAGCCCGACAUCAGUUGAAAGUACUUAUCGCAACUCGGGAUCUCUCUCAAAUUGUUAAUAAGUUGGAGUCAAAAGAAAUUGACGAAACUAAAAUAAACAAUGACCCAGAUAAAGAAGAAGAUCAGAAAUGGAGCGAGAACUCGAGCGAACCUAGCCCUGUCAAAACAUUUAUCAAUAAUAUUUAUAAAUCAGCAAAAGAUAUCAAAACAUUGGGCAAAGCUGCUAAUGCAUAUUAUGCUGAAGAUUUUAUUAGAGAAUUUUUGGUGAGAGCU